AUGGCUGGAAGGAAUGAUGCUGCGAUUGCUGCUGCUUUGCAAGCGAUGGCUCAGGCUAUGCAGAACCAGCCGAAUGCUGACGAGAAUGCUGGAUCUCGUAGUUUGGCGACCUUCCAAAGAGAGAAUCCACCGGUGUUCAAGGGUAAGCAUGAUCCAGAUGGAGCAUUGGAGUGGUUGAAGGAGAUUGAGAGGAUUUUCCGUGUGAUGGAUUGCACCCCAGCUCAGAAGGUUCGGUAUGUCACUCAUAUGCUAGCAGUCGAAGCUGAUGACUGGUGGCUGGAAAUGCGCGACAAAUUGGAAGCUGCAGGCGAGGGAAUUACUUGGGAUGUGUUUCGGAGGGAAUUCCUGAGGAAAUACUAUCCUGAAGAUGUUUGGGGUAAGAAAGAGAUUGAGUUCCUUGAGCUGAAACAAGGGAAUCGGUCAGUGACAGAAUAUGCUGCGAAGUUCGUUGAGUUGGCUAAGUUCUACCCACAUUUCAAUGGAGAAGGUGCUGAAUUUUCUAAGUGCAUCAAGUUUGAGAAUGGAUUGCGCUGUGAUAUCAAGAAGGCUGUUGGAUAUCAGAAGAUUCGUGUCUUCUCUGAUUUGGUUGAUAGUUGCAGAAUCUUUGAAGAAGAUAGCAAUGCUCGUCACAAAGUUGUUACCGAUAAGAGAGGCAAGAGUCAACAGAACCGUGGCAAGCCUUAUGAUGCGGGAAAGGGUAAACAGAGAAUUUCUCCAGGUCAGAGUACUAGUGGGGGAGACGCUCCUGCUAAGAUUGUGUGUUUCAAAUGUGGACAACCUGGUCACAGGAGCACUGCGUGCACUACUGCUGAGGUGAAGAGGUGUUUCCGUUGUGGUAAGGCGGGACAUGCAGUUUCUGAGUGCAGGCAUAAGGAAGCUGUCUGUUUCAAUUGUGGUGAAGAAGGACAUAUCAGUACUCAGUGUCAGAAACCAAAGAAAGCGCUUGAUAGCAAGGUGUUCGCUUUGGCUGGGACUCAGACACCUAGUGAGGACCGACUUAUCAGAGGUACAUGUUUCAUUAAUAGUACGCCAUUAAUCACUAUUACUGAUACCGGUGCUACUCAUUGUUUUAUUGCCACUGCUUGUGUUGAAAGAUUGGGUCUGGGGUUGUCUUCUAUGAAAGGGGAAAUGGUCGUCGAGGUUCCAGCUAAGGGAUCGGUGACUACUUCUCGUGUGUGUUUGAGUUGUCCCUUGUCGAUCUUCGACAGAGACUUUGUUGUUGAUUUGAUUUGUUUACCGUUAAGCGGUCUAGAUGUGAUCUUGGGUAUGAAUUGGUUAGAGUAUAACUACGUUCAUAUCAAUUGUUAUAACAAAUCCUUGAGGUUUUCUACUGCGGAAGAGGAAGAAGAUGGCUUGAUGACUGGUAAACAGCUAAGGAAAUUGAUGCAAGAUGAAGCGCACAUGUUCUCGUUGUUGGCGUCGUUAUCUAUCGAGAAUCAAGCUAUAACUGAUGAGUUGCAAGUGGUGCGAGAAUUUCCUGAGGUAUUUCCUGAUGAAAUUCCUGAUAUACCGCCAGAAAGAGAAGUUGAAUUUACAAUUGAUCUUGUACCUGGUACCAGACCUGUAUCCAUGGCACCGUACGGGAUGUCUGGAUCUGAAUUGUCCGAACUGAAGAAGCAAUUAGAGGAGUUGCUUGAGAAAAAGUUUAUAAGACCAAGUGUAUGA